GAGGAGCCAACGAGUGUUCUUGAGCGAAUCGGCUGUGCUAACGGGGUCUGGUCCGGGAGCGCAGAGAGCCCCGUUUGCUCUCUGCCGUGCUGUCCUCCCCACCUCCGCAGUUACUCCCCAGUCUUGGAGACGGGCGGCCGAGCUGCGGUGCUGUGGGAAGAGGCGGGGGCCGAGCCCAAGGGCUGUGGGAUCUCACACAAGCGAGCCUGUAUCCUUCAGCCCUGAGCAUUCCCAGGGCUGAAGGGCAGGAGGGGUUCGUGCAGCUGUUGGCCACAGCUGGAUGCGCUUCCUUGCUGCUGUGAAGCAGGAAGCAGCUGGGAUGCCCUACAGUUGCCUGUGGCGAGCGGAUACAAUUGAGGGGACUUCAGUGAAUGCCGCCACGGGAAAUCCCACUCCCCUGCAUCAGAGCAUCCCAGCCUGGCGGCAGUGUUUCCGCUCCCAGCUCCUGUGGGCUGCCGACCUGCCUCGUGCUUCUUUGGAUCUGCACCAGUCUGUAGAGCUAACCCCGGGGUGUGAUGGCACAGUGUGCUUUUUUCUCUAGUUGUGCAGCUGUCUGAGAGCUGUUUGGUACAGCAGCAAUGCACACGUCACACCUGCAUCCUCCUGAGCGCUGCUGCUGCCUUUUGCUUCCAGGUUGGCUUGCUCUCAGCUCACUGAGAAAAUGUUGGAGAGCUGUGCCAGGCACCCAGAGUGAGGAGGAAGGGAGAUGAGGAUGAAGCUUACUGCAUCCUGGCCCAGCAAAUGGACCUGGCUCUUGGGGUAGAAGGACACUUCCAUCCUUCAGUUGUUACUCCCUGCACUGCAUGAUUAAACGCUGACAUCGUUUCUCCAUCGUGGCAUUCCUGCUCUCAUUAUCUCAGGAGAGCCACCACGAGACUUGCAGGGACCCGUGCUGACUCUCACCACACAAGAUGACAACAAGAGAUGGACCACAGGACAGGUACAAGGCUGUCUGGUUGAUCUUCUUCAUCCUCGGCCUGGGAACACUGCUGCCAUGGAAUUUCUUCAUGACUGCCAGGCAGUAUUUCAUCGACCGCCUGGCAGACCCACAGAACACAAGCUGCCUCUCAAACCAGACCAGCGUGGGCACUGCCUCAGAACUCUCCUACCUACAAUCCAUGUUUGACAACUUCAUGACUCUCUGCUCUAUGGUGCCCCUCCUCAUCUUCACCUGCCUCAACUCCUUCAUCCAUCAGCGGAUUCCCCAGCAGAUCCGCAUCUUGGGCAGCCUGGUGGCCAUUGGGCUGGUGUUCUUAAUCACUGCAAUUAUGGUGAAGGUCACCAUGGAGCCUCUUCCCUUUUUUGUCUUCACCAUGGUCAGCAUUGUCUUCAUCAACUCCUUUGGCGCCAUGCUGCAGGGCAGCCUCUUUGGUCUAGCUGGGCUCUUGCCUGCCAGCUACACAGCUCCCAUCAUGAGUGGGCAGGGCUUGGCAGGCAUCUUCGCUGCUGUGGCAAUGAUAAUCAGUAUCAGCAUUGGUGCUCAGCAACCAGAGAGCUACAUUGGUUACUUCACCACAGCUUGUGUGGCGAUUCUGCUGGCCGUUGUCUCCUACGUCCUUCUACCUCGCAUGGAUUUCUUCCGGUACUACUCCAUGAAGGACAAGACAGAGUACCGUGUGUACAAUGCAGAGCUGGAGACCAAGAGAGAUCUGAUUAAGAAAGAUGAGCCCAAUGGGAUGGAGCAGAAUAACUCAAAGAUUAUCCCUGUCCACAAUCCAGAUGAGAAGCCCUCGGUCAUCUCCAUUUUUAAGAAGCUCUGGGUCAUGGCAAUGUCUGUCUGUUUAGUCUUCACCGUCACCAUUGGGGUCUUUCCUUCCAUCACAGCUAAGGUGUCCACUACUCUUGGAAAGGGAAACAAAUGGGAUCUCUACUUCAUCUCAGUCUCCUGCUUCCUGAUAUUUAAUGUCUUUGACUGGACGGGACGGAGUCUGACUGCCCUCUUCACAUGGCCCGGGAAGGACAGCUGCCUCUUGCCAGUGAUGGUGGUCUUACGUGUCAUCUUCAUCCCCCUUUUCAUGCUGUGCAAUGUGCAACCCCGAGACCACCUGCCCGUCAUAUUCUCUCACGAUGCCUGGUACAUCAUCUUCAUGAUCUUCUUCUCCAUCUCCAACGGCUACCUGGCCAGCCUUUGCAUGUGCUUCGGGCCCAAGAAAGUACUUGCCCAUGAAGCAGAGACAGCUGGAGCAGUCAUGGCCUUUUUCCUGACGCUGGGCUUGGCCCUAGGAGCCGCCAUCUCCUUCCUGUUCCAAAUUCUCAUCUAGCAGAGGCACCCAGAGGGUGCAGGGACACCGAGAUGGCUCCGCAUCCUCCUCUGAGGCCCUGGACAUCUCUGUGCUGUGGGGUGAUAACACCUCACUCCUGCCCCUGCCAAAUCGCACUGCCACAGCAGGGACGGUUCCACUCUUCCAGGGUUGGUGUGGCUCCUGCCAUGCCCGGCUGUGUGAUGCCUUCAGGCCUACGUGCCUUUGCCUUUCCUGUGCUGUGUGUAAAACUCUAAGGACCUCACCGAGGUCCUCCCAUGAUGCAUAAGUUCCCCAGCUUCAAGGCCAAAAGCCAUUGCAAGCCUUCUCCUCUCCACCAGGCAGAGCUGAAGGCUGGUAUCCAGUGUUACUCCUCCUCUCCUCCCCCUCUCCUCUCCACCUUCUCUCCUACUGGAGACACUUGCAGGUAGGGAAAAGCCCCAGCCGGCCUUGACAGCCCCACGCUGCCACGUGGGUUUGAAGGCCGUGAGAUCUCCCCGUCCCAUCCACGCCAAGAGCCAGCACCGUGGCUCAGCAGAUGACGAGCUCCGCACCCUUUGCUUCUCCCUGCCCCCCCCCGUGUUCCAGCCCCCCCGCCCCCCCCCACAACCGGUUGCUCAUUCUGCCUUUGUUUGCUCUCCUCCCCUCCGCCGGAGGGCCGCAGGAGGAAGGCGGCAGUUCCCGGCCGCGGCAGUCCCGGCCCGCCCCCGGCGCUCUGUAAAUGUAUCUGUAAAUGUACAGUUGCCUUUUUCUAUAAAAAGACCGAAACGUG